CGAGCUCACCGAUGGCCUGUAAGAGUCCGCACGCAGCAGAUGUGUGUGUGUCUGAGCCGCUCAGUCUGGUGGAGAUGACGGAGGUCGAGUACUUACAGCACAUUAUUCAGAGCCACAUCGAUGCGCAGGCGACCGAGACAGACAUCUCGGGCCUUCCACAGCUGGAGGAGAGUUUGUGUGACGAGCCAGAGGGGCCUCCAGCGGGGCCCGGGGACCUGCAGGACAUGAGGAUGCUGCUGCUGAGCGAGUCCCACACCACGCCUGUCAGCAGCGCCGAGGUCCAGUGUGUCACCCAUGAGCGGCCCCUGGAGCCGAGGGUCACUCAUGAGCGGCCCCUGGAGCCGAGGCCGAGCCCAGCUGCUCGUGUCUGCCUGGAGAAGAGAUUUUUAUCAGUGCUUUGUCAUUCUACAAACACUUCAGGGACACCCACACAUGCACAAAUAGAGAAAUGGAGUAAACCAGACAAGAUGAUGAAAAUACAGGGAACGUAUCCAUACGGAGGACGUCUGUUCAAAUCGGGUGGGCAGCAGUCUGAGCUGGUCAUUCCUACAGAGCUGACUCUGAAUUUCAGAGCAGAUAAAGGCCCCGAGUCUGUGAUGAGAGCUCCGCUUGUCAUUUACACCGACACUGCUGACCAGCAAACUGCAGACACACUGAAGAAUGAGGCGGUGGAUAAAGCUGCGCACUUCAUCAAGCGUGUCCGCACAAGGCCUCUCAGCUCAUCUGAUAUCAUGCAGGACUCAGAGAACUGGAAGCCAUGCACCGAUAUGUCUGGGGCUAAACGUUGCAGGACAAGACUUCUCAUGGACCGAACUCAGCGCAAAGAAGUACACAACAGAAAGGAGCGCGAUCGCAGGAGAAGAAUCCGUCUGUGCUGUGAUGAGCUAAACCUGCUGGUGCCGUUCUGUUACGCCGACACUGAUAAAGCCACCACACUGCAGUGGACCACAGCCUUCCUCAAAUACAUCCAGGAAAUACAUGGAGACCGACUCAAGCAGGAUUUCCAGAGCACUUUCUGUGGCAAGACUGGACUGCGGUUAAAGCCUAGUUGUGUUUCAGUGGCACAUCUCCUCGAAGCCUAUAAAAACACGACAGAACCAGCGGACUCAUCCUCACACAGCUGACUUCCUGUUCUCUGCUGCAGUGCUGUGAAUGUGUGCCUGUAGUUUGUCACUCAUGUCUUCGGUGUGGCUUUAUUGCAUGA